UCAGAAUCGAAUCAUCAGCACUCAAGAAUAAAAUAAAAAUAGAAAGAUAAUCGAGAUUAUUUCGACGAUAGUAUAUAUAUAGGAGUCAACAGGCUAGGUACACGUAUAAAGCAGCUAUCAUCAUUGUUAAAGUGAUAUCAGUGAGUGAAAUUCGUUAAAAUGAAAUAUUGUAUAUGUCUUGCAAUAAUAACUUUCCUAGGAACUGCGGCCUUAGCUGAUGUUUCGCAAGAACAUCAAGAAGAAUCCAAUCGUAAAGGUGUCUCGUGUGUUUUUUGCAAAUUAGUACUGCAAACAAUAGAUGAAAUCAGAGGCGAACACUCCACCAAGAAAGAAACUGAGCAGGCAGUGAAAAACGUAUGCAAUGUUUUACCUCCACUUUUCCAAACAGAUUGUAAAAUGCUUAUCGACCAGGAUGGAAACAAAAUUAUCCAGUUACUGAAUAAUUCUGUGUCAACAGGAGAAGUUUGUCUACAGAUCAAGUUGUGUCCCAAUAAGUGAUUCCAGAUCGAAACAAUAUCGAGCGAAAUUGAAUAGAGUUUAUACAUAAAAAUAUAUAAACAAUAUUUUUCUGCCUAUAUCUUCAUUAUUUCCAUUCUAU